UGCGUGCCGUGCGUGAGCAUGCGUACCAUGGGUGAGCGUGCGCGGGCGCGUCGGCCGGCGAGGGAGCAGCAAACGGCCGGCGGCGGGCGGCGGGCGCCGCGCGGGGGCCGGGCGGGCGGCGCGGAGGCGGCGGUGGCCAUGGCUGAGGCGUCGCCGCAGCCGGGACGGUACUUCUGCCACUGCUGCUCGGUCGAGAUCGUGCCGCGCUUGCCGGAUUACAUCUGCCCGAGAUGUGAGUCUGGUUUUAUCGAAGAGCUUCCAGAAGAGACCAGGAAUACAGAAAGCAGUUCUGCCCCCUCCACGGCCCCCACUGACCAAAGCCGGCAGCCAUUCGAGAAUGUGGACCAGCACCUGUUCACACUGCCCCAGGGCUAUGGACAAUUUGCUUUCGGCAUAUUUGACGACAGCUUCGAGAUCCCUACGUUUCCUCCUGGGGCGCAGGCCAGUGAUAGCAGGGACCCCGAAAGCCGACGGGAGAGAGAACACCAAUCUCGGCAUCGGUAUGGCGCCCGGCAGCCCCGCGCCCGUCUCACCGCCCGGCGGGCCACCGGCCGGCACGAAGGCGUCCCCACGCUGGAAGGAAUCAUCCAGCAGCUGGUCAAUGGCAUCAUCACGCCGGCCACCAUCCCCAACCUGGGCCUGGGCCCCUGGGGUGUCCUGCACUCAAACCCGAUGGACUAUGCCUGGGGGGCCAAUGGCCUGGACGCCAUCAUCACCCAGCUCCUCAAUCAGUUUGAGAACACCGGUCCCCCGCCUGCAGACAAGGAGAAGAUCCAGGCCCUCCCCACUGUCCCUGUCACCGAGGAGCACGUAGGCUCUGGCCUUGAAUGUCCUGUGUGCAAGGAUGACUAUGCACUGGGCGAAAACGUGAGGCAGCUGCCCUGCAACCACCUGUUCCACGACGGCUGCAUCGUGCCCUGGCUGGAGCAACACGACAGCUGCCCUGUCUGCCGGAAGAGUCUCACGGGCCAGAACACAGCCACCAACCCCCCAGGCCUGACAGGGGUGAGCUUCUCAUCCUCGUCCUCCUCGUCCUCCUCUAGCUCGCCCAGCAAUGAGAACGCCUCAAGCAACUCCUGAGUCCCAGCUGGCUGCACCCAGCCUCUGGAGAGCACUCAGCCCCUUCCACGUUCUCGGGCUGAGGCUGCUGCGGAGAGCUUGGCUCCUUACACCUGCCUCGGCUCCAGCACCGCUGCGGCCAUGGACUGGAGGUGCUGCCGCCCCAGCGUCCUGGCAGCACUGGG